UUCGAUAUUGAAAUUGUGAUUUUUUUAGGCUUUUAUUUCAUUUAGGAAAUUUUCUAGUUAUUGUUUAUUAUUUUACUCCAAAAUUCUUAUUUUUUCUUCGUAUUAUUUUAUUAAAUUUUCAUUUUGUGAUUAUUUUUGGAAUGUUUUUUCUUUUCCUUUUUUCAAAAGGUCAUUUUCGGUAUUUUUUUGGGUGUUUUUUUACUUUAAAUUUUAGUUUUGGAAUGUUAUAAUGUCCAGUUUUUCUUAUAUUUCAGUUAUUUUUUAUUCUUUUUAGUUGUUUUCUUCCGUUUUUGCGUUUAUUAUUUCUUCGUAUUGUUUUUGUUAGGUUUUUAGAAAAACUUACAUUUCUUGAAUAUAUUAUACGUUCUCUUGUAUGUUUUAAAUUUUCAUUUGUAAUUAUAAUUCUAUAUACUCUUUUUAUUUUUUCAUUUCUUUUACAAAGUAUUUCAGUUCUUCAAGUUCUUGGUUUAUUUAAGCCUAAAAUUAAGUAUCUUUUGAUAAGUUUAAUUUAAAAUUAAUAUUUUUGAACUUUUAUCUUCAUUUUCUUAUUUUAUUUGCCUUAUUUAAUCUUAUAGGAGUUCCUUUUCUUUAUAUAGAGCUUAUAAUUAUGCAUUUUUUUAGGAGAGUAGUAUAUUUUCUUAUUUUUCAAGCUUAAUUUCCCUCUAGCUUUCUUAUAAAAAAGACUUGUUAUUGAUAUUUUAUUUUAAUUCCCAAAUUUAUUUAUUAAGAAUGUUUUUUUCAUCUUAAAAAUCUGCCUCUAAUUUAGAAAUUUAUAAAUGAAGGCUUUUAUUAUUUUCAAUUUCUUCAAAAUAUUUUAUUUCGAGAUCUUUUUAUUCCAUUUUUA